GUCCAUGCCGGCUAAAAUGGAGGAGGCCUUCAUGAACGAGAUACAACGGGCACUGAACAAUCGUAACACAUCCAGCUACCACACGCUGAUGAAUGGACUGUUCUCACUACCCGUAGAGCCGUACAAGGACUUCAACUACGACGCAUUCACCUCUACAGAACAUGUAGUACGCGUGGAAGGGGGUAAGUAA